CGCAUUACACGCAGCCAGGGUAUAAAUGAUGGGUGAGAGCCCUGUUGCUUCCAAGAAUGUAUUUGGGAUUGAAAGGCCGUAACUUGCAAUGGGGGGUCACCAUUGCCUCUGGUGCAGGAUUUCUGCUGUUUGGAUUUGAUCAGGGCGUGAUGUCCGGCCUGCUGACCGGUGCCGCGUUCACGCACCAAUUCCCGGCGAUUGACACGACGGCCACAGGCCACGGCAGCUCAUCGCUACAGGGAACCGUGGUGGCUAUCUACGAGAUUGGCUGUUUCUUUGGCGCACUGUUCAGCUUCGUGUUUGGAGAACGGCUCGGAAGACGCUGGAGCAUCAUAAUCGGGUGCUUGACGCUUUCUGUGGGAGCUGCAAUCCAAACCUCUGCGUACGGCGUUGCACAGCUGAUUGUGGGACGUAUAGUUGCCGGGCUGGGAAACGGCAUGAACACGGCCACGAUUCCUGUGUGGCACUCGGAAAUCUGUAAAGCCCACAACAGAGGCCGUGAGCUGUCGAUCGAGCUGGCGAUCAACAUUUUCGGAGUUAUGACGUCAUACUGGGUCGACUACGGCAUGAGUUAUGUCGACAGCGAGGCCCAGUUCCGGUUCCCGAUCUCGCUGCAGAUUGUGUUUGCUCUCUUCACGCUCGCCGGAGUGAUGUGCUUGCCCGAGUCGCCACGGUGGCUGAUUGCCCACGAUCGCCACGCAGAGGCCAAGCAGGUGAUCCAUCUAACAAUGGUUAACGCUGAGCAGAUAACCGAGGACGACCCGAGCGUUUUGCACGAGAUUGAGCUGAUCAACGAGGCACUUACCGAGGAACGCGAGUCUGCGCGUGUCGGCUUUACGGCCGUCUUCACGAACGGACCACAGCGCUUUUUCUGGCGUACCUUUUUGGGCAUGUUUUCCCAGUUCAUGCAGCAGUUGUCGGGAAUCAACCUGAUUACGUACUACUCCACGAGCAUUUUCGAGGAGUCCGUGGGCAUGGACCACAACCUGGCGCUGCUGAUGUCUGGGUUCAACGGAAUUGCGUACUUUUUCUCGUCGCUGCUCCCAAUUUGGUUGCUCGAUAGAUUUGGCCGCCGCAAGCUGAUGCUUUUUGCUGUGAUCGGACAGGGUUCGUGCAUGGCCAUUCUGGCGGGCACGGUCUCGAACGGCAACACGGCGUCCGGAAUAGUGGCCACGGUUAUGCUGUUUAUGUUCAACUUUUUCUUCGCCGUUGGUCUGCUUGCUAUUCCUUGGCUGCUCCCAGCAGAGUACGCGCCUUUGGCGAUCCGUACGAAAGCUGCGGCGCUGGGCUCUGCCAGCAACUGGAUUUUCACGUUUUUGGUUGUUGAGAUUACGCCGUCGAGCGUCUCCAACAUCGGGUACAAGACGUACAUCUACUUCUGCGUGUUCAAUUUCUGCUUUGUGCCGAUGAUUUAUUUCUUCUACCCAGAAACGAAAAACCUCCCGCUCGAGAAAAUCGACCGCAUGUUUGUGGGGGAGAAGGUCCACUUGUUCUGGAACGAUGCGCUCGAGGACGACUUUGGGCUUGUUGCCGACAAGACCACGGAGAAAGCGGAGGUCCAGAUGGUGGAGUCCGGUGUGUAAGUUUAAGCUUGGCAAUAUCUGCCGCAAUUUUUCAAGCUCGCGUAGCAUUCCCGAUUGGGAAAUUUUGAGCGCAACAAGGACCCCGGAUAAAUAGCACCGAUCUGGCCUGCUGGAAUGCCAAUGACGACUGACAACUCUCAGACACACCAGCUCGUGCUUAGCAGUUUCCGCUGCCUCAUUGCAGACCUCGUCCAGCACUACGGGGGCGGCCAUCCCGGCGGCGCCAUGGGCAUGGCCGCUAUGGGAGUGGCCUUGUGGAAAUACGCCAUGAACUACUCUCCAAGCAACCCAGAUUUCUUCAAUAGAGACCGUUUCGUGCUCUCCAACGGCCACACAUGCUUGUUCCAAUACGUGUUCCUGCACCUGUCGGGC